AUGGUGAAGGUACUCUGUGUAGCAGAAAAGUCAUCGGUAGCUAAAGCAGUUGCUGGGCAUCUCAGCGGAGGAAGGUUUCAAACGAGACAAACGGGGAAUAAAUAUAUUAGGAACUAUGAUUUUGAUUAUAAGUUCAAUCAAUGGGAUCAUUGCGAAGUUACUAUGACUGCUGUUCAGGGGCAUACGGAGGAGAUUGAUUUUGUGGAUCGGUUUCGUAAAUGGUCUGAUUGCGAUCCUGUUGAAUUGUUUGAUGCGCCUAUUACGAAGAAUAUUGAGAAGGAUAAACGAAGUAUUGCGGAUAAUAUUCAGAAAGAAGCUAGAAAUGCUACGAUUCUGUUUAUUUGGACGGAUUGUGAUAGAGAAGGGGAGUAUAUUGGGACCGAGGUUCGGACUUUCGCGAAAAGGGGGAAUCCAAACAUUCAAGUUAAGAGAGCGCAGUUUAGUAAUAUUGAGAAGAGCCAUGUCAUUCGGGCUGCACAUAAUCCGAAGGAUCUAGAUGAAAGACAGGCGUUGGCUGUUUCUGCACGUAUGGAACUAGAUCUUAGAAUUGGAGCUGCUUUAACGAGGUUCCAGAGCUUGAAGCUCCAGGGACGCUGGGGGCUUGCUGGGGAUGCUCUGAUAAGCUAUGGGUCAUGUCAGUUCCCUACUCUUGGCUUUGUGGUUGAGAGGUAUAUGAGAGUCAAGAACUUCGUGCCAGAGCCGUUCUGGUCGUUGAAGUUGAUGCAUACUCGGGAUGGGACCUCGACGACAUAUAAUUGGGACCGGUCACGAUUGUUUGAUCGAAUGGCGGUUGUUUUACUUUUUGAGAGCUGCAUGUCAAGCCCUGAUGCGCUUGUUAAAAGCGUAGCGAGGAAGCCGACGAGGAAAUACAAACCUCUACCUUUGACGACGGUGGAGUUGCAGAAACAGGGUAGUAGAUUCUUGGGCAUGAAUUCUCAGAGGGUUAUGAAGGCUGCUGAAGGUUUGUAUACAUCUGGGUUUAUUAGUUACCCUCGUACGGAAACCGAUCAGUAUGAUCAAGCUGUCAACCUUCAAGCCCUGAUUGGGAAGCAAACUAAUGAUACUGGCGGUUGGGGCUGGGGUGAUUAUGCUACUGGGCUAUUGGAUGGUGCAUUUGAGCAACCCAGGCGCGGAAAGAACAAUGAUAAAGCUCAUCCUCCAAUCCACCCAGUAGCUUAUGCUGCCUCAGCAGCUCUGGCUGAUGCCGAUCAAAGAAAGGUCUAUGAAUUCGUCGUCAGGCACUUUCUAGCAUGCUGUUCAGAAGAUGCGAUUGGCGAGACAACUACUGUUAAUAUUGAUUACGGUGGUGAGGGUUUUCAUGCAUCUGGAUUGACGGUUCUAGAACGGAACUAUCUUGACGUAUAUCCCUGGGACAGAUGGGAGUCUUCUCAGAUGUUACCGAGAUAUCAAGAAGGAGAACGAUUUGUGCCUAAUGAAGUGACCAUGACGGAUGGGAAGACUUCGGCACCAGGGUACCUUACUGAACCUGAGCUUAUUGCUCUUAUGGAUGCCAAUGGGAUUGGAACGGAUGCUACGAUGGCAGAACAUAUUGAGAAGAUUCAGCAGAGAGAGUAUGUGUUUUGCAUAAGUGGUGGGGGUAAAAGCACAGGUACUAGUAGAGGACGAGGGCGAGGAAGAGGAAGGGGCGGUAGAGAUGCUGGUGGGAGUGGGAGAGCUGAAGGGGGAGGGGGUAAGAAUGUGUUCGUUCCGAGCAAUCUUGGUGUGGCGCUGGUUGAGGCGUAUGAUACGAUUGCUGCCGAGAUGAGUUUGAGCAGGCCGUUUCUUCGCAAAGAGAUGGAAGUUAACAUGAAGCGAAUUUGCAAAGGAGAGUUGGCAAGGGAAGAUGUGGUCCACCAAUGCCUUGAGCAGUAUCGAGGGGUAUACGCGAGAGUUAGUCAGCACCUCAGCACCUACAGGGAGACUGAGGCCAAGGCAAGGCACCCGUGUGUUGUCGACUGA